AUGGCUUACGAGCCUCGCGGAGACCAGCCUGAUCGAGGCGGCGGAGGCCCAGGACAGGAUGGAGGUUUUAUGAAAGUUAGAGGCCGAAGACCUGUCACUGACUACAGCUCAACCAUCAUCCACUGGCAACGCAAUAGAGUACCAAAUUACAAGGGCUCCUAUAUUGGCGAGGCAGAGAGGCCCAGCGCAAGCUACAUUAUUGAUAUGCUGCCACCUGUCGCCAGGCCGACCAAUCCUGCAGACACUAUCCCGGCCAAGCAUUUACACUCGUCACUGAAUAAGAUAAAGCACCCCGUCAAUGUGGUGCGAUGGACUCCCGAAGGUCGUCGUCUUCUCACAGCCUCCACAAGUGGUGAAUUCACACUAUGGAACGGUACCGGGUUCAAUUUUGAAACGAUUAUGCAGGCGCACGACUCGGCUAUUCGCGCGCUAGAGUACUCCCACAGCGACGACUGGCUUGUCUCUGGAGACCACGAUGGCCUCAUCAAGUACUGGCAGCCUAAUUUCAACAAUGUGCAGAGCAUCAAUGCGCACUCGGAUCCGAUUCGCGACCUGGCUUUUAGCCCCAACGACGCCAGGUUUGUCACGGCUUCCGAUGACUCUACGUUGAAGGUUUUCGACUUUGCUCUGGGAUCAAUGGAGACGAAAUUGGAAGGGCAUGGCUGGGACGCGAAAUCGGUGGACUGGCAUCCGACCAAGGGUCUUUUGGUCUCGGGGUCCAAGGACCAUCUAGUCAAGCUGUGGGACCCAAGAACUGGUCGCUGCCUGACCACUCUCCACGGCCAUAAAAGCACAAUCACAAAGGUCCUUUUUGAACGAGUAAGGGGAAGCUGCCUGGCCACUUCUGCGCGAGACCAAACGGCGCGCGUCUUUGACCUGCGCAUGAUGCGAGACAUUUGCCUUAUCAAGGGCCACGAAAAGGACAUUUCCACCGUCGCAUGGCAUCCUAUUCACGCCAAUUUGCUGUCAACUGGCGGCAUGGAUGGCUCACUAUUCCACUAUCUUCUCGACUCGCCCAACCCGCCUGCAGGCCAGCAGCUCACUGUGGCACCGUACGACAGCCCGGACCCGACGACAACUCCAGCACAGUCCAUCUGGCCAACACAUAAAAUCUCGUUUGCGCAUGACUACGCCAUCUGGUCGCUUGACUGGCAUCCGCUGGGCCAUAUUCUAGCAUCAGGCUCCAACGACAGAAUUACGCGUUUCUGGACACGCGCUCGUCCGGGCGAUGCCGACGUGUUUCAGGACCGGUACCACAUUGGCGAGGCCGCAGCUGAGGCGCAAGGAACCUGGGACCGCCGUGGUAACCGUCGGCAGAGGCAGGAAGAGGAGCAGCAAGAGAUUGAGGAUGAAAUGGAUGCUCUCGUCGAUCAGGAUGCGCAGAAAUCUGCAGCUGGCGCUGGCGCGUCGUCUUUGCCCGGCAUCCCUGGUCUUCCGCUAGGCGGCGGCAGUAUCGUGCCCGGAAUAGGAUCGGCCGUGCCGCCGCCGCCUUUCAUCCCGGGUGUCGGAGGCGGGGCCAACGGCCAUAUCCUCCCGCCCGGUCAGUUCCCACCGCCUCCAUUCCCCAUACCAGGCAUGAACGGUGCCCCGCCGCCGCCUCUGCCGGGCAUCGAUCCCAACAACCCACCGAACCCGAUGCAGCUACUCGAAAUGAUGAAGAAGGCUGGCGUGCCGCUUCCCCCGCCAGGCCAGCUGCCGCCGGGGCUCAUUCCACCUCCUGGUGCUGCUGGGGGCAUGCCAAUUAUACCGCCGCCCAUGCCCAUGAGCAUGGAUGGUAAAAGCGGCGACGGCGGGCGUCGCAGGGCGCCUCUACCUAGUCAGGCAGACAGUCUGCGGGAGGAGCAGCGACAGGGUAAUUACAAGCGCAUACGGUAG